AUGUCUGCGACUCCUGAAGACUCUGCAGCAGCCCUGCAAUACACUUGCAACACCUGUCUCGUUGGCUUCCACCGCAGCGAUGCGCAAAGGGAUCACAUGCGGAAAGAUUGGCAUCACUACAACAUGAAGCGUCGCAUGGCUUCUUUGCCCCCCGUUACCCUCGAAACCUUUAACGAAAAGGUCCUUGCCGCCAAGGCCGUGUCCAACGAAGCCGCUGCUAAGGCCUCUUACGAGAAGACUUGCCACACAUGCAACAAGGCGUUCUACAGCGAGAACUCUUACAAGAACCACAUCAACAGCUCCAAGCACAAGCAACGCGAAGCCCACCUUCGCAAGGACGGUGAUAACGCUUCUGUCCAAAGCUCCGCCUUUUCUCUCGGAGAGCCCGUCAACAAGGCUAGCGACAACGACGUGUCCAAGGUCACCGAAAACCUCAAGUCGGCCACCAUUGAUGAGGGCGAUGAGGAUGUUGAUGUUGACGCUGAGGAGGAUGGCAACAAGAUUGAAUUCUCCCCAUCUCUCUGCCUGUUCUGCAAGACCGACUCCAGCGACAUUCACACCAACGUGGAACACAUGCGCAAAGAUCACGGAAUGUUCAUUCCUGAGCAGAAGUACCUCGCUGAUAUCGAUGGCCUCAUCCACUACCUCUGGCGCAAGAUUACCGAAAACUUUGAAUGUCUCCUUUGCCACACUAUGCGCAACACCGCGGAAGCCAUUCGAACUCACAUGCGUGAUAAGAGCCACUGCAGAAUUGCCUUCGAGACCGAAGAUGAGCAGGUCGAGAUUGGACAGUACUACGAUUUCCGCAGCACAUACGAUGAUGAUGAAGACGACUCAUCGCCCGCAAGCGGUGGUGUCAAGGUCAACGGGGAUGGAGAAGACCAAGGGUGGGAGACUGAGAGUUCCGGAUCUGACGACGAGGAUGAUCUUGAGAACUACCGUGGCCCAGCAGGCGCCUACGAGGAAGACUUUGAGCUUCACCUUGCUUCUGGCAAGAGUGUCGGUCAUCGCUCGCUGGCCAAGUACUACCGUCAGAACAUGCACAACUACAUGACACCUUCAGAACGAGCUGCCCGCCAGCUUGCUAUUGAAAAUGGUGAAAUCGAGGAGGACAAGGCCCGCGUCCGUAACAACCAUCACCGUGCUAUCACCACCCGCGCCAACGGUGGUCUGGGCAUGAUCAAGGCUACCGACGAGCAAAAACAGACUGCUCUCACCAAAGAGCGCCGCGAGACAACCCGUGCCCAUCGCGCAGAGAACCGCAUGCAUGCGCGCGUCCAAAGAGCCAACAACCACCAGAAGCACUACCGCGACCCCCUUCUGCAAUGA